UAUCAUUUCUUUUGUGGCUGGAAAAAAUACUGACAAAGUUACCGUUUAUAUAGCGUUUUAAAUAAUAUAGGGUAUAAUGUUUGAGCAGCUGUGUUUUUUCAUUCGAUACACAAACCUUUCGGCGGUGCGUUCUGUGCCGUGAAUCUGGCAAUUUGUAAUUUAAAAAAAGCAUUUCAUUUGUCACUGUCAUUAGAGAGAGAAACGGAGAAUAGAGGACGAGAGAACGGGAAAUUGAAUAGGAUAAAGAAACUAUGCUUUUACUGUAUUGCUCGUAUGUACGAUGGCAAUGAGGAUUAUUCCGUUUAAAUCCACACUAAUUUGAUAAGAAACUAUUAAUGUGCCAAAUAAGAGAACGACUUUCGCCCUUCUCAAGAUCCAAAGCCACCAGAAAGGGAAUCCGAACGUAACCAAAGGAGCGGCAGGAUGCUGGCCAGGAAAGGCUUGCUCCCUGAUGGCUUCUUCUUGACCCGGCUGACAGAGGGUGCCACCGAGACCAAUCGGUUCCGAUCCAAGGCCCAAAGAGCCCGUUUUAUCACAAAGACUGGGUCCUGCAAUGUGGCCCACAAGAACAUCAUGGAGCAGGGUAGAUUCCUGCAGGAUGUCUUCACCACCAUGGUGGACCUGAAGUGGCAGCACUCCUUGCUUAUCUUCACCUCAGCUUUUAUCUGCUCCUGGAUGCUCUUUGCCAUGGCCUGGUGGCUGCUGGCCUUUGCCCAUGGGGACCUGGAGCUCCAUGACCCAGAGAGCGGACCUGCGCCCGUGCCCUGUGUCACUGCUAUCCAGUCCUUCACCUCCGCGUUCCUCUUUUCCAUCGAGGUCCAGGUGACAAUUGGGUUUGGGGGUCGGAUGGUGACGGAGGAGUGCCCUGUGGCCAUCACGAUACUCAUUAUCCAGAACAUCCUGGGCCUGAUCAUCAAUGCUGUCAUGUUGGGCUGCAUCUUCAUGAAGACGGCACAGGCAAACCGCCGCGCCGAGACCCUCAUCUUCUCCCGCAAUGCUGUCAUUGCCCCCCGCAACGGCCGGCCCGCCUUAAUGUUCCGUGUGGGAGACCUGAGGAAGAGUAUGAUUAUCUCUGCCACCAUUCAGCUGCAGGUGAUCCGCAAGACAAUGACGGCCGAGGGGGAGGUGAUCCCAGUGUGUCAGCUAGACAUCCAGGUGGAGAACCCCCUUCGCAGUAAUGGCAUUUUCCUGGUCUCGCCUCUCAUCAUCAGCCAUACCAUUGAGCGCGACAGUCCCCUCUACGAUCUAUCUGCCCAGUCACUGCCCAAUGAGAACUUGGAGGUCAUUGUCAUCCUGGAGGGGGUGGUGGAGACAACAGGCAUCACCAUGCAGGCCCGUACAUCCUACACCCCGGAGGAGAUCCUGUGGGGCCGGCGCUUCGUGUCCAUCAUAACAGAAGAGGAUGGCCGCUACUCUGUAGAUUACUCCAAGUUCGGGAACACGAUUCCUGUCCGGAUGUCUUCCCUCAGUGCCAAGGAGCUGGACCAGACCCGGGGAGUGCAGGGAGGGGGCACGUCCGGGGCCCAGCUUCAGGGCUGGGGACUGGUCCGGGCCGGCAGGGGUGGCUACCGGAGAGGGGGCAGGGCCCGUGAAAGCACCGCCUCCCAGCCCUGGUACAGCCAUGUGGAGGACGGAGAGGAGAAAGACAGCAUGGCGGGAAGGGAGGUAAAGAAACAGAUCCCACUGGAAGAGAUCAGCGGGGGGACUGAAAUGGAGGGAGACUGAGCAAAGAAGGAGAAAGAAAAUAAAAAAGGGGGGGAAACAAAUGGACAUACACCAGAAAGAGUGCUGUUCCUUUUCUGAGCAGUUUUUUCCAGUGAGUUUUUAUGUUUCCGAUGUUGUCAGUAUAAUGUGUUAUGCCAUAUAAAGCAGCGUAAUAUUGCGAGGCCCAGCCUGUUUUGUGGGAAAUAUUAUCACAUACAGGAAAUCUAGGAAAAGUGAUGUCAUGGAACUCCAUGUGCCCCCUGAAUAAGUGAUCAAACAUGUAGGUAUGCGCUGCCAUUUUAUAAUGGGCUGGAGUUGCACAUUUCUCGUUAGAAAUCUUAUUGUCUGUUGUGCAAUUGUUCAUUUUCCAUCUAUUUGCUUCAUCAACAGCCAUAAAUAUGGCAUCAAAUGGCUGGAUUGUCUCCCUAAAAAGGUCAUGGCUUGUUGGAAAGUCAGAGUAACUAUUUCCAGAGGUUUCCCCCCUAAUUAUGCAAUCUAAGGCAGAGAUUUAGAAAACAAAUCUUUCUUAAUCUGCCUUAAGGGUUCUGAGACAUCUGGCAAUAACUGUUUCUGUGAAUUUGUUCUUAACAGAAUCUUUUAUUGUACAGGUUACAAUGACGGUACAAAGUAGCUGUACAAUGUAUUAUUACAUUGUUACUCAUUUGGCACAUUAUAAAAAUAAAUGUGUGAUGUUGAAAA